AUGAACACUUCGGAUGGUCUUACUUGCUUAUGUUGUCAGUCUGUGUUCGCAAAUAAUGAUCUACAACGAGAACAUUAUAAAACAGACUGGCACCGUUACAAUCUCAAACGAAAAAUUACUGGUUUCCCUAUUGUCACUGAAGAACAGUUUAGGCAAAAAAUUAUUGCUUACAAAAAAGAAACAGAUGACGAGAAAAAUGCUGAAACAAAAGUGGCUAUUUGUAAAUGUUGUAGCAAACGGUUUCAGUCAGCAAACGCUUACGAUAAUCAUCUCAGUUCUAGAAAACAUAAAGAAAGUGAAACACGCUUCUUCAAAAGAAAUGCCAUGAGGGCAACGAAUAAAGCAUGUGUCAUGAAAAAAAUAGAUGACUUCUAUUACAAUCAUUUCGAUGAGGCAGACAUUCAGGAGAAUGAUUGUGACGGUUGGGUUACUGAUCAUGAUACUGACGAAGAUUUCGAUGAAUCGAAGGUUAUUCCGGAAACAGUUUGUUUGUUUUGCAAUUAUGGUUCGGACGAUGUGGAAACGAAUUUGAUACAUAUGAGUGUACUGCAUGGUUUUUUCCUUCCAGAUGCGGAAUUCUGCACAGAUGUUGGUGGCAUGUUAUAUUAUUUAGGUUUAAAAGUUGGUAGUGGUAAUAUGUGCUUGGUAUGUAACGAACAGAAGAAGUUCUACUCACUAGAUGCGUGCCAGAAACACAUGCGCGAUAAGGGACAUUGUCGUGUUGCCCGUACUGUGGAGGAAAUGAUCGAGUUUGAAGACUUUUAUGAUUAUAGUUCCAUGUAUCCAAAAGAGGAAGACAUUGAUAAAUCUUAUCCUAUCGUUUUAGUGGAUGAUGGGUAUACACUUACUUUGCCAUCAGGUGCAGAAAUUGGACAUCGUUCAUUGGUACGUUAUUAUAGACAGCAUUUGAGACCGGUAGAAUAUGGAACUAGAAGCGACCGUCAAAAAAAAGAGAUUCUCAAAAAAGUGAUGAUUGGGCAGUACAAAGAGAUGGGUUGGAAGGGAACAUCUGGGGCAUUGGCAGUGCAGCGAGCGAAGGAUGUGCGAUAUAUGAAGAAAAUAAAUUCUAGAAAUUGGGUCAAAUUAGGCCUUAACAAUAACCGUUUGUUUCAGUCACGUGGUAGAAGUGGUCAGUGA